UUGAGUUCAAAUUUUCGAAGUUCAUAUAUAAUUUUUAUAGUUUGUUUUGGUUUUGAUUUUGUUUCAGAUAAAAGUAUGGUAUCAGUAGAGUAUAUAUAUGUCUUAUAUAAUAGCAUUGUUACCGUCAGAAUAAUUUGAAAUGGGCUCCAAAAAGUCCAAACCGAAGCGUGCGUCCAGAUAUGAAAGUGACACUACAGCAAAUGAAAUUUCGCAGGCUGCUCAAAAUGAAGUCAAAGAGUUUCCGCCAGUUCAUGGAGAUAGAGUGACAUGUUUAGCUGCGUAUAAGCCUGGAAUUUGUGUAUCUGGAAGCACAGACAUGAGUGUAGGAGUGUUUAACUAUAAACAAGAAAAGUUGUGGACAAGAUGGAAAGCUCACGACAAGGAUAUUACUAAGGUUUGCUGUGGUGAUCCUCAAGGUCAAUCAAUAGUAUUCAGCUCUUCGAGAGAUAAAACAAUCAAAUCUUGGUUGAUUAAUGAUAACAAUGCUAUCCAACUCCAGUGUGUUUAUGACAGUCAUGAACUGGUAGUUACUGCUAUUGAUAAAAAUCCAGAUUGUUCGAUAUUGUGCUCUGGCUCGCGAGAUAAUGCUAUCAAACUUUGGGAUGUCGAAAGAGCGCAGUGCUUGAGAACUAACGUUGUAACAAGGAAUUUGAUAACAUGUGUAAAAUGGUUUUCUGAAGACAAUCUCAUUGCACAAGUUGGCGAGGAUAAAAUGUUAAGGAUUUGGGACAGUCGUUCAUUAGAGGUUUCUUUCACCUUUCCACCAAAGCAAUAUUUUGCGACAUGCUGUGAUGUCUCUCCGGAUGGACGUUUUGUAUUGACGUCUUCAAAUGGUUUUAAUGGCAGUGGUUGUGAAGUAAAUUUAUGGGACGUGAGAGGAAGGAAACAGAUUUACACGUAUCUUGGUCAUGAACAGACAGUAUCAAGUUGCUGCUUUUUACCAAGACUUACGGAUAUCACGUCUUGGCCAAUGAUCAUGAGCGCUUCCCACGAUUCUAAUGUAAAAAUUUGGAAUCAAGAAAACCAAAAAUGUGUGGCCACUGAGUGCUUUUUUGGUUCGGGGCCUUUAACUGGUAUUGCUGUAUGGGAGGAUGGAAAGUUCUGUGUUUCAAGUUUCAAUAGCGGAAUCUACCAGCUCAGUCUAUCCAGUGAUGGCGAAGGUGGAAUAAUAAUAGCAUGCCAGACUCACUUCUAAAUCCCGAGGAUCCGAAACCGAGGAUCCAAGUCCUGAAGCGUAUUUGUCACGUGUUUUUGGAUAGCAAGGUUAUACUCGCAGAGUAUUCUGGUCUUUGUAGGUACAUGAUGUCGCGAAACGUCAUAAUGGGUAAAAAAUCUGUUAUUCAAUACCGAAUACGAACUUGGGCAAAGGGAAAUAGCGACAGAAAGAUUGUCUUUGGCUAAACGUCUUUAAUCUAUGAUAAUGAUUAGGUAGUCAUUUUUCGCAAAAUGAGAAAAUGACCUGAGCUAAAUUGUAUGAAACGUACACGUUAAUUUCAAAUUAGCAGUAUGAAAUUGUAAAAAAAAUAAUGUAAUAAUUCCCCGUUCAGUAAAUCCUUAAUAUACGAAUUUAAUCUUCGAGAUUAGAGAACUGAGAACUUGGGUUAGAUUUGGGAUUAGGGUCUAUUCCUUAUGUUAAUUCUAACCAAAUCUAAAGGAUUAAAUUCGUGUAUUUGGGGUCCUCUGAACAUGGUUUUAUUCAUAGAUGGAAUUAAAUAUUAAGAAAAAUAAUAUAUAUUAAAGCGA